AGUCAGAGCACAGAGGCAAAGAAAGCUAAAGAAGACGCUAAAAAGCCAAGCAACAAAGUUAACAGCAAAACCUUAUUAAGUCAGUUUUAUUCUUCUUUGCGGCCAAAGAGAGAGAAUAAUAAACAAACAGAACUGGUCCGUUUUGACCCAGUUUGGAGUACAAUUCAAAAGAAUUUCGGUGGCCCUGGAGUGAAAUUUAUACACAAACUCGCAGUAUUUAUCGUAUACACUACGAACCGCAAGUUAGCCACAACAACAAAAGCAACAACACCCGAUACUAUAAUUAUGUGCCACAAAUUUGGAAUAAUAUUGCUGCUGUCCACAGUAGGCGUUAUUUUGGCCCAGCAACAGCCUUACUAUUUGCAGCAAUGCCCCCGAGAUGAGGCAGCUAUUAACGAGUGUCUACGUGAUAGCGGCAACAAGUUGGUGCAUUAUCUACAAAAGGGCAUACCCGAAUUGGAUAUUUACGAGAUCGAACCUGUUGUAAUCGAUGAAAUUGGCAUUGUUUUGGGCAGCGGACCAGACGGUUAUCGUGCUCUCUUCCGUAAUAUUCAAGCAUUUGGCGUUAGUAAUAUUACGGUCACUAAUGUUCGCUCCGACUUGGACUCACUACAGUUCCAGCUGACGUGCGAGAUACCUCGGAUACGCGUCAAGGCUCAAUAUCGAUCCACAGGUGUUCUGAUCUUGGUAAAGGCCUCCGGUGCCGGUGACUAUUGGGGCGAAUACGAGGGCGUCAAAGCCAAAAUCUAUUUCAAGGCGUUGGCCAAUGAAGGCGCCGAUGGACGCACAUAUCUCAGCACCGAUUCGGUUAAAAUGGACUUCAAUGUCAAAGAUAUUCAGAUGGGCGUCGAUAACAUUGCCAAUGGAAACACAGUUAUACAGGCUGCUCUCAAUCUGUUCAUCAACUCGAACUCUCAGGAGCUGCUGAAGGAGAUGAAACCCGCGCUACGCACCAAAUUGACUCUGGUCAUUCGCAACUUCAUGGAUCGUUUGUUUGCCAAGAUUCCCCUGGAUGAAUGGAUCAACUUGAACUAGAUAGUUGCAUUAUAUAAUACUUACAAUAAGAUCUAAUUUAUUGCACACAACGAACAAAUAAAAUAAUAAAAAACGAAA